AUGCAGUUGUACGAGGGAAUGUGGGAGGUCACUAAAACUAUAUCAAGACAGAAUCAUGAUCUGGAACCUUCAAUGUGCAGGUUUAUGCAUGGUCAUAGGAAACUAACUCCUAACAUGAAGAGAGUUUUAGAGGCUAAUGACAGAUGUGGCAUAAGGCCUUCCAAGAACAUUAGGAUGCUCGAAGUGGAAGUGGGUGGGCCAGAGAAUCUGAGUUGCUUGGCAAAAGAUUAUAGGAAUUUCAUUGAAAAUGAGAGGAGGCUGCAGUUAUGUGAUGGUGAUAUAGGGGCAAUUAGCAAGUUAUUUAUGACCAUGCAACAAAAAGAUCACAAUUUUUUAUAUUUAAUGCAACUUGAUAGUGACAACAGGCUAUGUAAUGUUUUAUGGGUUCAUCCUUGUGGAAGAGCUGCUUAUCAAGAAUUUCAUGAUGUUGUGAGUUUUGACACAACAUACCUUGUUAACCGGUACAGAAUGCCUUUUGCUACAAUCAUGGGACUAAAUCACCAUGGUCAGUCAAUUCUUCUUGGAUGUGUAUUGAUAUCACAUGAGGAUGCAGACACUUUCAAAUGGUUAUUCAGUACAUGGAUUGAAGCAAUUGGGGGGGGGGGGGCGUUCAUCCUGAUGCCAUCAUAA